UUAAUUCACAAUGCAAAAAGUAUUAGUUUUUAUUCAUCAUCCAAUCGAUUAACACAACUCGCGAAAAAAUGUUUCGAUUCGUUAACAUUAUUUUGCUGCAUUGCGUGUUAAUUGCUUUUAGUCAGAAUAAUGCCACAAGUACAGUGUGCGACUGCAAUUGCAAUUGUGAUUUUCAGAUAGAAGUUAUUAACGAUAAUCUCGACGAAGAGAUGCCAAAGAGAUCAUCGAAACCGUCUAGUUGUAUGGAAGCAACAGCUAGUAGCUCGAAGAGUGGUGUCUAUGAAAUUCAAAUACAAAAUUUGAAUGUCACCGAUGUGGAGGUGUUUUGCGAAGAGGGCGUGGAUCUUGGAGGAUGGUUAGUUAUACAACGGCGUCAAAGUGACUCUGUGAAUUUUACUAGAAAUUGGCGUGGCUAUAAGGAGGGAUUUGGUAACAUAACGGAAAACUAUUGGAUCGGUUUGGAAAAACUACAUGCGCUCACCAACAAUUGUGAACAAGAGUUAUAUAUUCAAAUGAAAAGACGAAAUGGCCGGGAAUACCAUGCAAAAUAUUCGGAAUUUCUCAUUGGGAAUGAAGUAGAGGGCUACGCUUUGAAGAAAUUGAGUGAUUAUAGCGGAGAUGCUGGUGAUGCCUUUAGAUUACAUCGUAGACUGAAAUUUUCAACGUAUGAUCGUGAUAAUGAUAGUGAUCUAAGAAAUUGUGCACAGCUAUUUAAAGGCGGUUGGUGGUUUGAUGAGUGCUAUUACUGUAACCUUAAUGGAGUUUAUGGAGAUGAUAGGGGCGGUGUGAACUGGCGUAGUAUAGAAGAUAAUGAAUCUUUGUCAUUUGCGCAAAUGCUGAUACGACCAAACCGUAAUUGCCUCAGACGGUUGAUGUUAAGAAAUUAAAAUCAAAAUUUAAAAAUUCAUGCUCUGUUAGACAUUAAUAUUCUUAUUUCGUGAAUUUUAAAAAUUAUAUUGCAAUUAUACUUAUAUUCAAACGUGUUACUAAAAUCUCUAA